AUGAUCGUCUAUACGAUGCUAUUAAAACAGUUUAUCAAACAAAAUUCAUAUCGUUUGUAUUCAAAUCAAUCAAAUAUAAUAUAUAGUUCUCAAAAAGCAGCUGAUCUUUUGCAAAAACCAUCUGAUACUCUUCAAGUAUACGAUGAUUAUCUAACUGAUAAUGAAUAUGAUAAUUUUUUAAAAGAAAUCGAUGGAUAUAUGAAACGUAAACGUUAUGAAUAUUCACAUUGGGAUGACGCUAUUCAUGGUUAUCGUGAAUCGGAAAAAUCUGAAUGGACGACGGAAAAUCAACAAGUUCUAUCACGUAUUCGUCAAUUUGCUUUUGAUGAUCCAAAACAAACACUUGUACAUGUUCAUGUACUUGAUAUUGCUAAAGAUGGUUAUAUUAAACCACAUAUUGAUGCUAUUCGAUAUUGUGGAACAACUAUAACUGGUCUAUCAUUUCUUUCGUCAAGCAUAAUGCGACUUGUUCAUAAAGAUGAUAAAACACUUAUUGCAAAUAUUUUACUCAAACCAAAAUCACUUUAUAUUUUAAAAAACAUUGCUCGAUUUGACUUUACUCAUGAAAUUCUCAAAGAUCAAGAAUCUUAUUUUAAUAAUCUUCAUAUACCACGAAAUCGUCGUCUAUCAAUUAUUUGUAGAAAUAUGCCACUUGAUCCUACUGCUGGCUGA